AUGGUCAGUCUGCACCCUGUCCACAUGCAGCGCAGCUCCGGCUCUCCAGGGGGCCAGAGCUGUGUUGCUGUGUGCCGCCAUCAUUGUGAACUGGGAGCUCUGGGCACCAUCCUCAGUGCCUGGAUUCAGCGCCAGGGCCUGAGAACCACCAAGACCAAGACAGUGGCCAGCCCUGCCCUGGGCCUCCGGAAGAACCUCUGGGCAGCAGAGGGGAGCUGCAACCUAAUCCCGACCUUCCUUCAGCACCUAGGCCGCCGCGUCCGCGCCUUGGCGCUGCUUGGAGCCCUGCUCGCCGCCGCUGCUGCAGCUGCCGCCGCCCGGGCCUACACCCACCACGCCGAGGCCCAGGCGGCCGCGCUGCAGGACUCAGCACUGAAGGCUCUGGGGACAGAAGGCCUCUUUCUCUUCUCUUCCUUGGACACUGACCGAGACAUGUAUAUCAGCCCCGAGGAAUUCAAACCCAUUGCUGAGAAGCUGACAGGGUCUACACCUGCCACCAGCUAUGAGGAUGAGGAGCUGCCCCCUGACCCCAGUGAGGAGACUCUCACCAUAGAGGCCCGAUUCCAGCCUCUGCUCCCGGAGACCAUGACCAAGAGCAAGGACGGGUUCCUGGGGGUCUCCCGCCUGGCCCUGUCUGGUCUCCGCAACUGGACCACCGCAGCCUCACCAAGCGCAGUAUUUGCUGCCCGCCACUUCCGGCCCUUCCUCCCACCUCGGGGCCAGGUGGAGCUGGGUGAGCCCUGGUGGAUCAUCCCCAGUGAGCUGAGUGUCUUCACCGGCUACUUGUCCAACAACCGCUUCUACCCACCACCCCCCAAGGGCAAGGAGGUCAUCAUCCACCGGCUCCUGAGCAUGUUCCACCCUCGGCCUUUCGUGAAGACCCGCUUUGCUCCCCAGGGUGCUGUCGCCUGUUUGACUGCCAUCAGCGAUUUCUACUACACUGUGAUGUUCCGGAUCCAUGCCGAGUUCCAGCUCAGCGAGCCGCCUGACUUCCCCUUCUGGUUCUCCCCUGGCCAGUUCACCGGCCACAUCAUCCUCUCCAAAGAUGCCACCCAUGUCCGCGACUUUCGGCUCUUUGUGCCCAACCACAGGUCUCUCAACGUGGACAUGGAGUGGCUGUAUGGGGCCAGUGAGAGCAGCAAUAUGGAGGUGGACAUCGGCUAUAUACCCCAGAUGGAGCUAGAGGCCACGGGCCCCUCAAUGCCCUCUGUGAUUCUGGAUGAGGAUGGCAAUGUGAUCGACAGCCACCUGCCCUCGGGGGAGCCCCUGCAGUUUGUGUUUGAGGACAUCACAUGGCAGCAGGAGCUGAGCUGGGAGGAGGCUACCCGGCGCUUGGAGGUGGCCAUGUACCCCUUCAAGAAGGUCAGCUACCUGCCGUUCACUGAGGCCUUCGACCGAGCCAAGGCUGAAAACAAACUGGUGCACUCGAUCCUGCUGUGGGGGGCCCUGGAUGAUCAGUCCUGCUGAGGUUCAGGGCGGACUCUCCGGGAGACUGUCCUGGAGAGUUCGCCCAUCCUCACCCUCCUCAACGAGAGCUUUAUCAGCACCUGGUCGCUGGUGAAGGAGCUGGAGGAGCUGCAGAACAGCCAGGAGAACCCAUCCCACAAGAAGCUGGCUGGCCUGCACCUGGAGAAGUACAGCUUCCCCGUGGAGAUGAUCAUCUGCCUGCCCAAUGGCACUGUGGUUCACCAUAUCAACGCCAACUACUUCCUGGACAUCACCUCCAUGAAACCUGAGGACAUCGAGAGCAAGGCCUUCAGCUUCUCAUCCACCUUUGAAGACCCAUCCACUGCUACCUACAUGCAGUUCCUGAAGGAGGGUCUCCGGCGAGGCCUGCCCCUCCUCCAGCCCUAG